AUGGGGCGAAAAGAUCUAACAACAGGCGAGAGAAACUCGAUAAAGCAGUUUGUGCUUGAAGACAGCCAUGGUGGGAAGCCAAAACGGGGCAGAAUUCAGGCUGCUGCCGUCAAGUUCGGCGUUUGCCGUCAGAAGGUGACGCGACUAUGGACUGCUGCAAAAAAACAACAAAAUCAAGGUCAGCAUAUGCAUUCAAUCAGUGGCAAAAUCAACAAACGAAGACGCAAGAGAGUUGAAAUAGAUCUUCAAUUAAUUUCAACAUUGGAGCUAAGCAAAAGAUCAACCAUUCGGAGGCUAGCAAGUGGAAUAAAUUGCAGCAAGAGCACAGUUAGGCGAUGGAUUAGCAAGGGUUUGAUCAGGGCUCAUACUAAUGCGAUAAAACCCGACUUAACAGCCCCUCACAAGUUGCUACGUCUAAAGUUUUCUCUUGAAGCAAUCGAGUAUGAUAGAAUACUCAAGGUGCUUCAAUUCAAGAGUAUGCACAACACGGUGCAUAUCGAUGAGAAAUUAUUUUACAUAACCAAAGCAAAUCACCGGUUUUAUUUGACACCCGGAGAGGGCGAAUAUAUGCAAUAUGUCGCCCAACAAUAG